CAGUUUCACUUCUGUUUUCAUUUAAAGCAGAGAGAAGAAGGCGUUUGUAGAUUUACACUCCAGAGCCACCUUCAUCACGGUUGAAUAAUGAGAAGGUAAAGACAAUUCCAGCUGUGAACUAUGGCUUUCACCUGCACUGCGGAGAUCAAAGACUCUGCUCUUGAUGGCUGGGAGGUGAUUGGCUCAGGUGGAUUUGGACAGAUUUACAAAGCCAGGCACCGCCAGUGGUGCUGCGACGUGGCCAUCAAGCUCCUUCAUUAUGAUGACGGGAACAGCUCUGCCUUGCUGAGAGAAAUCAACAUGAUGUGUACGGGAAGCAGCCCCUUUGUCAUUCACGUCCACGGAGUGUUCAAAGGUCGAUCACCUUCUUCGGGAUCGUCAACGCAGCUCGGGCUAGUCAUGGAGUUCAUGGAGAGGGGCUCUCUGGCCUCACUGCAGCAAACAUUAGGAGGACCUCCUCCCUUGCCACUGGUGUUCAGACUGGUCCAUCAGGUGGCUCUGGGUAUCAACUAUCUCCACAGUCUAAAACCUGCUGUGCUGCACUUGGACCUGAAGCCCAACAACGUGCUGCUGGACUCUUCUCUCAAUGCUAAGCUGACAGAUUUUGGCCUGGCCAAGUUUUCCCAAAGUUUUUCACGGGUGUACAAAAAGGAGAACAACGAGGAGUGGGGCACUCUCAGCUACAUGCCACCGGAGGCAUUUGAAAUAUCCUACAGUCCCAAACGAGCCUCCGACAUCUACAGCUUUGGUAUCCUGCUGUGGUCCAUUGUCACUGGGAAACAGCCGUAUGCAAAUGUAAUAUCCAGCAUAGUGCGGUUUCGCAUCCCGCAGGGAGACCGACCAUCGCUGGAUGAGAUCAGGCAAAAGGCUGCAGGGCGUGCAGGGUUGGCAACGGUGAUAGGGCUCAUGCAGAAAUGCUGGGAUACAAAACCAAGCUCAAGACCCACCUCUUUAAUGUGCACAAAGGUGACCGAAGAGCUGUUCAAGAUGCACAAACACUGUAUUAACGACGCUGUCCACCUAGUGCUGAAGGAACUGGACAAAUGUGAAGAAGAAAGACUGACAGGGCAGGUCGAGGGGCUUUCUCUAACUCAGUCUGCAACUGUUUCUGGAGUUGAAGGGAAGACUGUUUGGGAUGAUGUGCCAACAGGACCCCCACCAAUUCAGGAAAUGGCCGGUGUUUGGACUCCAAAGGAAACCAGCAGAUCAAGAGUUGAAGACGGGUCUCCAAGCCGUCCUAUGAACGAGUGUCAAACUGACCAGCCCCGACCGGAGUGUACAAUAAAAAAAUCUUCUGUUCACCCCAUACAGACAUCCCCACCUUCUCCUUCAACCAGGCCGUCUCAUAGCGAGGCAGCUCAACUGUGCGGUCUCACCAAACAUUUGUUACCGCAGUACCAGCGUCAGCAUUCCAGCCCUGACACCUACUCCACCUUCCCGUCCCCUUCUCAAGGAUUCAAGAUGUUUUUCUGCAAUGUGACCGGAUUUCAGAGCGGCAUCAACAACACCAUGAACAUCUUCUACCCUGGUUCCUUGGAGAGGAAACGCCACCCAACGGCGCCCUCUACCUUUGACAACACUGAGUUCAUAAAAAACAAAAAUUUUCAGCAACAAAAAAACUGAUUUAUUUUCUACUUGUGUAUAUUUUUGUAGCAUGAAAGCAUUUUGAACAGAUUUUUUAUGUUUUUUAUUCCUUAUUUAUUGUGUUUUCUCACACUUUCUUUUUGUGUCAUCAGCAGUAUAAUUAUAAGCUUUUUUAUUUCUAUUUUUUCCCACCAACUGUGGUGAGAAAAUGUCCACAAUUCCACUGCCAACUCGUCUAAAGAUGCCAAAAAAAUCUUUUAUACAAACUCUUCACUUUUUAUCCAAACAUGAAUUUUCUACUCUUCUUUUUCAAAAACAUAUCACACAUGCUGUAAUCCACCAACCUACACACACAAUGAACCACGAAUAUAAUAAUGCUUUAGGAAUGUGCAAUUACAGCUUUUACUGGUACUUUUCAGAUUAUUUGUUUGUUUAAAAAAAUAAUAAAAAUGCUUUUCUUUUCAAUCAAUAUAUUUAUCUUGCUGGUAAAUGUGAUGAAAUGUGGGGUUGAGGUAUUUUUUCAAUAAACAGCAAUUUUUAAAAUA